AUUUAUAAAUGCUCCAGCUGGGCCAAACAGAGUCCCACUUUCCUGGUCCAGGCUGUUCAACUCCUCCACUGAUUGCAAGACAGAAUCACACCAUGGACGUCAAGCUGCUUCUUCACUGUGCCGUGCUCGUGGCCUUAACUGUUACAGGAAGCAACGCACAAUUAGAUGUUUGUGGCAUUGCGCCGCUCAACACCAGGAUCGUAGGGGGUGAGAGUGCUCCUCCCGGGACGUGGCCCUGGCAGGCCAGUCUGCACAAUAACAAGGGACAUUUCUGUGGAGGCUCCCUGAUCAACAACCAGUGGGUCCUGACUGCUGCUCACUGUUUCUCCAGCACCAGCACAUCCGGCUUCACCGUUUACCUCGGACGUGACACCCAACUGUCCCUGAACCCUAACAUGGUGUCUCGGACUCUGUCCCAGAUCAUCAGACAUCCGAACUAUGCCGACACCUCGAUCAACGAUGACAUAGCCCUGUUGAAGCUGUCCUCACCUGUUGUCUUCACCGACUACAUCAAACCCGUGUGUCUGUCGGCGGGCGGCAGCGUCUACAACGCCGGGACGACCUGCUGGGUCACCGGAUGGGGAAACAUUCAAAGUGACGUUCCACUUCCUUCCCCACAGAGGCUGCAGGAGGUGAGUGUUCCCAUCGUGUCCAACAGUGACUGUAGCGCCGCAUAUGGUGGAAUCACAAGCAACAUGCUGUGUGCCGGUCCGACCGAAGGAGGGAAGGGCACCUGCCAGGGGGAUUCAGGCGGCCCGUUGGUGAGUAAAACCGGGUCUCAGUGGGUCCAGGGUGGAGUGGUGAGUUUUGGAAAAAAAGCCUGUGCUCAGCCCAACAUACCAGGAAUCUACACCCGAGUGUCCCAGUAUCAAUCCUGGAUCAACAGCCAGAUCAGCAGCGACCAGCCGGGCUUCGUCACCUUCGUGGGCGACGGUUCAACCUCUGGAACCGCUCACCUGGUUUCCCUCUCCGUUCCUCUGCUGCUGUCCCUCUUACCUGUCCUCUUCUCUCUCUAUGUGUUUUCAUAGGAAGUUUAAUGAUGCUUAACUGAUUAAUGCAUCAGCACAGAGUCAAACAUCUCUGUCUCAGGGUUCUCAUAUUUAACCUUUUUUUUUAAAGAUGCUUUUACUUUAAACAAGCAGUAAAAUCCGCCCAUGGAGUCGAAUGUUUCCAGAUGUUUUCAGGUCAGUUUCUUGUGUCGAAGGAGUUUUACAGAAGAGAAGAGAGAGAUCAGAGAAAGCACUUGAUUUAAAAAAGUAAUGAUUUUCACUAUCGAUUAAUCUGCUGAUUUAUUUUCUCCAAUAAUCGAUUAAUCAUUUUGUCUUUAAAACGGCAGAAAAUAGAGAAAUCUGUUCAUCAGAACUUCCCAGAUCCGAGAGAUUUAUUCAGAAAGGUUUGCAGCAACAGUCUAAAACCCAAAGCUGUUCAGUUCACCGUCAUAUAAAUCCUCCCAUCAGAGAAGCUGCAGCCACAGAAUAGUCUGCAGUUUGGCUUGUCAAAUAAAACCAGUUAUCAAUAUAGUUAUCGAUUGAUUUUCUACCUUUUCUACUAAUCUGCGAGCAGUCGUUGCAGUUCCAUUAACUGAGCUGGAAACAGGUGAAAUCAGAUCAUUAUCAGAUAAUAAACCCAUUUAUAAAUAAAUCUAUUAAAAACAAUUAAUCAAUACUGGCCUUAAAUAAUGAUUUAAACU